UCGCGGAAGUUUAACGGUUUAGAGCCGAGCUGCGUUCAAUAACAGCAAUACUGAAGUGUUUUAUAUCAUUUAGUUUUACACUUAAUCUUUCGUGUUGGUGUGUUGGGUGUUACUUUAAUAAACACGGCGGAUCCUUCUAGCAAAGAGCGACAGAUACUGUAGUCAGAUAGAGGUUUACUCCUAAAGAGCGGUUCUGGUUCCGUCCACAGUGUUCAGGAUGCGAGCGUUUCGGCAAGUGGGAGAGAAGCAGCUCCCCAACCCGGUGCUCUACAUGGCCUGGUCUCCGAGGAGGGACCUGAUAGCGCUGGCCAACACUGCCGGGGAGCUGCUGCUGCACCGGCUGGCAAAUUUUCAGCGUGUUUGGAGUUUAGCGCCGAACGAAAACACAGGAAAAGAGAUCACAUCCUUGGCCUGGAGACCCGAUGGCAAGAUCUUGGCGUUCAGUGUGGGCGACACCAAGCAGGUUGUCCUGUGUGACGCUGAGAAGGCGGAGAUCCUCCACCUGUUUCCUGUUGACUGCCCCGUGUCCUGCAUGCACUGGAUGGAAGUGCAGAGUGACAGCAACUCUUCAUCAUCAUCAUCAUCAUCAUCAUCCGGCGAUUCAGAGGACGAGUCUAACCGGUUCCUGCCCAAACUACCAACCCUACCCAAGAGCUACAGCUCAUCAUCAAAGAUAUUCAGUGAAGAGAAAUCUGAUGAAGUCACUAACCUCCUGGGGGACGUCAGGUUUAACAUCCUGGUCGUGGGAGGACCGUCUGGUUUUGUAGAACUUUAUGCCUAUGGCCUUUAUAAGAUUGCUACACUGAAAGGGAUCACUGGAACAUGCAGGAGUCUCUGUCUGUCCAGCGACCUCAGAUCUCUCUCAGUCAUAACAGAAAUAAGAUCCACUGACAGAAACUCGGAGAUCCAGUACAUCCAGUUGGACACAGGACUGCUGUCCUCGUGUCUCCCUGAGUUAACAAGGAUGGCUCGCAAAUUCACACACAUCUCCACCCUGAUACAGUACCUACGUCUGUCUCUCACCUGCAUGUGUGAGGCCUGGGAGGACAUCCUCAUGCAAAUGGAUCUCCGUCUCACCAAAUUCGUCCAGGAGAAGAAUACAAGUACUCAGGUUCAGGAUGAGUUUCUGGAGCUGUUGCUUUGGGGACAUGCCAGGGGACACUGUGUGACAGCCAAUGAUGUCUAUUUUGGUUCUUCCCCCAGCCCUGAAUUGCAAGCUCUUCUCAUGAAUCAGCUGACAGUGAAAGGCUUGAAGAUGUUGGGCCAGUCCAUCGAGUCAUCCUACUCAAGCAUCCAGAAGCUGGUUAUCAGUCACUUACAAAGUGGCUCAGAGGCUUUGCUGUAUCACCUGAGUGAAGUAAAAGGCAUGGCUUUGUGGAAGCAAAAGUUUCAGCCUCUUGGUCUGGACCCUGCAGCUAUAGAGGAUGCCAUCACAGCAGUAGGCUCCUUUACACUAAAGGCUAGCGAGCUCUUACAAGUGAUUGAUAAAAGUAUGAAGAAUUUUAAGGCCUUUUUCCGUUGGCUCUAUGUCGCAAUGCUUCGCAUGUCAGAAGAUCACGUCCCAGCAGAGCUAAACAAGAUGACCCAAAAGGACUUGGCAUUCGUUGCAGAUUUUCUGUCUGAGCACUUUAGUGCUAACGAGGAGCUGUUUGAUCGGAAAGGGAAGUACUUCAACGUGGAGCGAGUGGGGCAGUAUCUGAAAGAUGAAGAUGAAGAUUUGGUGUCUCCUCCAAAUAUAGAUGGCAAUCACUGGGUGACAUUUGUUCAGCAGAGCACACACCUGAAAGAAAGCCCACUGCUGUUUCCCACUUACCCACAAAAGUCUCUGCACUUUGUGAAGAGGUUGAUGGAGGGCACCAUUGACCUUUGUCUGCAAAAACCGGCUGAGGUGAUCGGGAGCUCAGUGAAGCAGGCUGUGUGUUUGCGGCUGUACUCUGUGCCUGAGAGUUCCGAAAGCACACCACGGCUGUUCGAGCUUCCAUCACUAUGGAAUGAUAAAAAUGCUGGUAUGCUCUGUGUGGUUUUCUGCAUGCCAGAGAUGUCAACUUCUAAAAUCUGCAUCCUGAGAAGGUCAUCAGACCCAAACAGAUCUCUCCAAAAUGGUUUAGUGGCGAUAGACCUCAACAAUAAUCUCAACACCAGUGUUGAUGACGAAGUAUCUGAGCAUUCCAAUCGCUCCUAUAGCUGCCUGGAUGCUCGUCUCUAUGACGACGAGACGUUGACUGUGGUAUUGCAAGCUCAAGAAGAGAAUGAGAACAGGCUCCGCCUUUUGGCUCAGCUUCCUCUUGGCCCCGCCCUUAGUUGUGGGGAGGAGUUUAGCUGGGAUCCUGCUUUCAGGUUAGACCAGCAGAGCGGUGAGAUCCCUGUUCGAGGGCUGACAUGGGGAACCAUGAGCCGAGAUCUAGAGAACAUGAAAGCGCAGUUUGUGGCUGUGAACGGAAUUCGCAAAGUGUCCUGUGUGCUGAGUUCGAACCUGCGUCACGUCCGCGUGUUUGAGAUGGACGUGGAGGACGAGGAGGAGGAAGAGCGGGCCGAUGAUUCGCAAGAUAUCAGCUGUGACCAGGAUGGACUGGUGGAAACAUCGGCCAAUCAGGGUGCAGAUAGAGACGGAGCAGAAGUAGAACCAAGUGAGGAGAUGGGGGAAGCGUCUGGGAACAUCUUGGAACAGACUUCGGGGUCAGACACGUUAUGAUCUUUGAGUGUUUGAGUCUGCCUGGUUCAGCUAAACGCUAAAAUCUAAACAAUGACCAAGGUCAAACAAAACAUUUAAUGUAUAUUUGUACUGUAUGAAAUUCCCAUCUUACUGCUGUACUAAGUUUACUUCUAAGAAUAAAGGGAUGUUUUUGAA